AUGAUCGCUGUGCCUAUGUCCAUCGGUACACUAUUCUUCUUCUCAAUUCUGUUACUCCUCUGGCGCAAGUUCCACCCUCGGACGUUCCACAAAGUCGUCGACUCGAUCCCCUUCUUCGGCUGCUUCGGGAGAUGGCGCAAGACGCGAGAAAAGAACAAGCAGGUCAGAAGAAUGCGCAGCCUGGGUAUUUUGACGGGUGAUAAUGAUGGCUUGAGUGGCCCUGUGACAGGCGGGACAGACACUUAUGCUCGCCACCUCAAGAAGUUCGAGGACGACGCAGCUCGCGCUAGGGAGAAGAUGUCCUUCGAGACACCUACUCGUACUCCGGCUUCCCCUUACACGCCCGGGGGUAAGAGCAGACGAAGCAACAGUAUCACCGCUCUUCCCAAGUUUGGGAGCCCUUGGAAAUCACCAAAACACAGCACGCCUUUGACCGAGAGCCACGAUGCAAUCCCUUUGAAUCCUUCUCCUAUGCGCAACGGUGCGCGGGCUUAUGGACCAUUCAAGCGUACCAAUCCAGAGGAUACCGACAGUUUGCAAUCUUGGGAAGAGAAGUGGUAUGCUUUAGGCAGCGAGCACGGAACUCCAAGAUCGAUCAUGAAGGCUACCACAGGAGUCAACGAGAUUGGAGGUCAUGGGAUGCAGAGCAUAGACGAGUUCGAAGCAGAGUCUGGCCCGGGGCAGUCAUGGAGAAAGCUUGUUUAA